GACACGAGUCCACGCCAGUUGUCUCGAUCCUGCGCCAUCUCCCGCCAGUUAUCGGCCUGGAGAGUCCGAUGGACUCGCUGACCAACGUUGGAUGUGGUCCUCCAGCAUAAUGGGGGUUAUGCGGCGGGUUAACACCCCUCCCAUGGAAAAAAAAUACUCGUUACGAUACUGAAUUUUUAUCUGACUUGCCCCUAAACACCCUCUUACCAAUGGGGCGUGUCCAGCCCCUUAUAACAGGGCGUCGCCCGCCUCUGCGCGCAGUGCGUCGCUCGCGCACCACUGUGCAUGCAACCAUGGACGAAACAUAGUGAUCCCGCGUGUGACUCUUGUACCGGUCUAUAUUUAUAGUGUUAAUAUUUUGAUCACAUUUUAAACUACUCAUGUUUUAGUGUGAUUUUGAUGAUCAUUUUGUGCGUCAAUAAUUGGAUGUGAGCUGAUUUGGAGAAGUACUCUUCAAAAUGUUCACCAACUUUGACGACUACUGCGAUUUCAAUGACAGCAUCUGCAGCAACGACUCAGGCUUCGAAAAGUCACACAAUGACUCCUACACUACGUCCACCACUUCCACCCCCUUGAAACAAAACACCUCAGACCCAGGCAUCUGCGUCACUCCGAUCAAAUCCGAAGUAAGAAGAAAACUAUUCAGCGAAUCCUAUGAGUUCCCUUUCCAAAACCAAAUCGAAGAUAUUAAAGUUUUUGAAAAGAACUUACAGACUGCUGUGACAUCAACGCCAAUAAAGAAAGAAAGGAAACCAAAAGAUCCGAACAAACCGAAAAGGAAAUACGCGAAUGGAAAAAACAGAAUAUCAAGAUGUAAAAGUCCGACUCAGUUAAUGAGAAUAAAGAGGAGCAGACGAAUGAAGGCCAACGAUAGAGAAAGAAAUCGGAUGCACAUGUUAAAUGAAGCUCUCGAUAGACUCCGAUGUGUACUACCAACUUUUCCUGAAGACACAAAGUUAACUAAGAUAGAAACGUUAAGGUUCGCUCACAAUUACAUCUUCGCUUUGAGUCAGACUUUGGAAUCUUUAGACAACAUCAACUCCGGGCAAGCGACGAUAGAUAAUUUCAGUUUAAAUUGUGAUAAACUUCAAAAUUAUAAUUCAGCUCAUGAGAAAAUCGCAAGAGAUGCUUUCAGAGAUAUAUUUUCUUUGAAUAAUAAGACUGAUGAAUUCAACAGUGAUGGCAGUUACAGAAGCUUCCAGGGUUACAGCAAACCUUUUCCGAAUGGUUGCAACUUUAUGCAGACAUCUGAAGGUGUUCUCAUAAAUGUUGGAAACGUGACAGUAUCUGUCAAUAAUAAGGGAGGAAACUGUAUCACUUCAACCACAGGUAGCGGCUUCUUCACACACCCAUCAAGCUAUGCCGAUGAUGCGAACCAGCAAAAUUAUUUUUACCAAAAACCUUUGAUACCUUGCAUUACUAAUGGUGAUAAUAUGCAUGAUGUUGGUAAUACAGAGGAAUAUUUCAAUCAAAAGAAUUACGAAAUAUUCAAAAAUGCGUUUGAUACAGCGAAGAACAAAAGAUACCCAAAGACUGAAGAUUAUACAGCUAAUUAUGGAGAAUAUACGAAUAUUUAUGGACAUAAUGAGUGGGAUUAUAGUAGAAUAAGUGAAUAUAAUUAUCAGAAUAAUUAUUAUAACAAUGACCAAAGAAUGUACAGGAAUUUUUAUAAUAGACCUAGUAUUGUAAACGCUCAAAUUUGAACGGUUGUGUUUUCUAGUCAUCUAUGUACAGAAUAUAUUUUAAAUGAAUCUUAUAAUGUAAGUAACUAAAUUUCGGUCAUGAAAACCAAUAGUAAUAAAAAUUACCAAAUAAAAAUUCGGCGUCGGCCACUGAAGAACUUAUUAGUCACAUUUUCUUUAGUAUAUCUAUUUACUCUUAAUAAUAACUUAUGCCGACAUGGAAAUUUUAGCCGACUAAGCAGAUUACUGAGCCGUAUUAGAAAAGGUGUACAUGAAUCAUAUUUUUUGAUAAAUAAUGUUUAGAAUGAAAUUUAUAGGGAACAAUAUUUUAUUGUGAUGUUUGUUUAGACAAUAAAAAUGUAUAAUGCAGCUUUUACCAAAGAGUAUAUAAGUCUAGUCAUGUUUUGAAUGUUUUGCAUAAUUUUUUGUAAUAAAUAUUUUCUACAAAAAAAUAUGUUUCUUUUAACCAUUGGCAGCACAAAAGUUUAAAAAAAACCCUUGACAACAAGUAAAAUACCAAGUGGCAUAAACAGUGAAAAUCUUUGCCUAGAGUUGUGUCAGUAAAAAAAACGAGGUUCAUAGUUGAUUUAACGCUUACAGUACAAGCGGGUAUGAAUAUAAAUCAAAUGUGGAACAAAGCACGCUAAAGAGCGAAAACUUGUGAAUGGGAGCGCACCCUAAAUGCGCUGGCGCAUUGUUAAAGAUCUUUUGACAACCCUACUAGAAUAAAUACCGUCGAGUCAAACGAAAAUCAACCUUGUAUGCUUCACUUAAGAGAAGCUGUAGAGAAAAAUUAAAGUGGUUCUUGUGACAGGCAAACCAAGUUACUUAUACAGUUGUGCUGGAUAAAUAUCAACCUUGUUAACUCGACUCAAGGGAAAGUUGAAGUUAAAAUUAUAGUUGUCGUAGGGGGUAAUAGGGCACCCGUAGAAUUGAGUUGCGAAAAGUAAUGUUUGCUUUGGAAAUUCGUUACGGCCUAUUUUGUUGCUUGCUCCAAUGAUUUGGAUGUUAUAGCAUUACAUUGGUAAUAAUAAUAUUGUUUGUGGGAUCAAAUGGUAACGGUAGAUCUGUCUAACAAAGGUGACCAAUAUUUUAGUGGAUAGUUUCUUAUAGGCUGUUUAGGCGAUAAUGUUUACACGAGAUUGGUCCUGAUCUCAGAACAAGGACACAUCACUACCUUUUUAAUCCGUGAUUCUGCAUUAAUCAAGGAGGUGUGUGUAUUGUAUACUUC